UUCGAAGUGAUGUUGGUGGUUGUCAGUGGUAUACAAUUACUGGAUUAACAAUUGAAUUAUCGUACUACAAUUACUAUUAAGUUAUUAAGAAGUUGUUAAAUUUUAAAUAAUAAUUCAAUUCAAAAAAAUAUAAAAAUUGUCAUCACAUCUGUUUUGAAUCAGUGACUGGUCAGAUUUUCGGUUUCAGGGCCAACCAACCAACGUUAAUCGUUAAUCUGGUAAAUCUCUUAAAGUAAUAUGUAAACAGUUACGGCGCGGUUAUUCAAGUUUGUUGUUUUAUAUUUGGUUACGUUUUGCACCACCACGCAUUGCCACACAUCACCACAUUCAAGCAAUUCAAGGUUCCGCAACAGCUAGAGUUAAUCGGGCGCAUCGCGUGUCUGGUCUUUGCCGUUACUUCUUUUACAUCUACAUUUGAGAUUAUUGGAGCAAAGUGUAGCAGUGGUAGCAGUUGUUAAACAUGGCCCAAAGUGCACCGCUCGUUCUCAGGCUUAUCGCCUCUUCUGUAACCGCUGCGGCGAGGGCUGGCAAGAUUAUCAGGGAUGUGAUGAGUCGCGGAGAAUUGGGCAUCAUCGAAAAGGGUAAAAAUGAUUUGCAAACAGAGGCCGAUCGAUCCGCGCAGAGGUGCAUCAUGGCAUCGUUGUUAAAUCAGUUUCCCACACUCAAUAUCAUCGGUGAGGAAGGACCACCCAGCAAUUGCGAGGUGCCCAGCGAUUGGGUCGUCACAGAUGCCGACACUUCUGUCCUCGGAAUGGAAUGUCCCAAUGAGUAUCUUCAAGUCAGCGAUGAAGAUAUUGUCGUUUGGGUUGAUCCUCUUGAUGGCACAUCCGAAUACACGCAGGGAUUGCUGGAGCACGUGACAGUUCUCAUUGGGAUCUCGGUGAAGGGAAAAGCUGUCGGCGGUAUUAUCCAUCAGCCGUACUUUAAUUACAAGAGCAACGAUGCGCUUCCUGGAAGGACCAUGUGGGGAUUGGUCGGUUUGGGUGUGGGCGGAUUCACGCCAGUCGAUCCGCCCAAAAACCAGCUGAUCGUCACGACGACCCGAUCCCAUUCGGACGGACUCGUCCAGAAAGCGCUCGACGCCCUCUCCACCAACGAAAUCAUCAAAGUCGGCGGAGCCGGUUACAAAGUUCUGCUAUUGAUGGAGGGAAAGGCGAACGCGUACGUUUUUGCCAGUCGCGGCUGCAAGAAGUGGGACACUUGCGCUCCGGAGGCCAUCCUGACCGCUCUCGGUGGUCAGCUGACCGACAUCCGCGGCGAAAAGUACAGCUACGAUAAGGACGUCACCUUCCCGAAUGUGGGCGGAGUCUUCGCGACCGCGAAAGGGGAGGACCACAAGUUCCUAAUCAACAAAAUUCCAAGCGACAUCCGUGAUGUCCUCAUUUAAUAUUAUCGUCCUAUCUAUUUA